UGCAGAAGGGUUGGCAUUAUUGGCUGAGGGAAUGGACGACGGGGAGGACAGUGUGGUUGCGCACAGGAAAAGGACCACAGAACUUGGAGUUAAAUCUGUGGAACGCUCCGGCAUUUAGCGGGGACACCCCAUUAGGUCCUUUCUCACCGCCGUCGUGAGCAGGAGGCUGUCUCUACCUGCUCCGGGCAGAGGCUGCUGAAGUCCCCACGGCCACCGAUUCAUGAUUUUCUGCCGUUUCUUGGCAAAAAUGGCAACCAGUGAUGCUGUUCUGAAGAGACUAGAACAGAAGGGUGCAGAGGCAGAUCAAAUUAUUGAAUAUCUUAAGCAGCAAGUUGCUCUUCUUAAGGAGAAAGCAAUUUUGCAGGCGACUUUGAGAGAAGAGAAGAAACUUCGAGUUGAAAAUGCCAAAUUGAAGAAGGAAAUUGAAGAUUUGAAACAAGAGCUAAUUAAGGCAGAAAUUCAAAAUGGAGUGAAACAAAUACCAUUCCCAUCUGAUACUCCACUGCAAGCUGAUUCUACGGCUUCUGAAAAUGUGGUACAGUCUAUACCAAUAACAACCAUAUCUUCUGGUGCCAAAGAGCAGAUAAAAGGAGGAGGAGAAGGAGAAGAAAAGAAGGUGAAGGAGAAAAUUGAAAAGAAAGGAGAGAAAAAGGAGAAAAAGCAGCAAUCAGUAGCAGGAAGCACUGACUCUAAGCCUGUCGAUGUUUCCCGUCUUGAUCUUCGAAUUGGUUGUAUCAUCACGGCCAAAAAACACCCUGAUGCAGAUUCUUUGUAUGUGGAAGAAGUAGAUGUUGGGGAAACAACCCCAAGAACAGUUGUCAGUGGCCUGGUGAAUCAUGUUCCUCUUGAACAGAUGCAAAAUCGGAUGGUGAUUUUACUUUGUAACCUGAAACCUGCAAAGAUGAGGGGAGUAGUAUCCCAAGCAAUGGUGAUGUGUGCUAGCUCACCAGAGAAAGUUGAAAUCUUGGCACCUCCCAAUGGGUCUGUUCCUGGAGACAGAAUUACUUUUGAUGCUUUCCCUGGAGAGCCUGACAAGGAGCUGAAUCCUAAGAAGAAGAUUUGGGAGCAGAUCCAGCCUGAUCUUUACACUAAUGAGGAGUGUGUGGCUACAUACAAAGGAGCUCCCUUUGAGGUGAAAGGGAAGGGAGUUUGUAGGGCUCAAACUAUGGCCAACAGUGGAAUAAAAUAAAAUAAAAUGUUUCAGUUACUGAAAUACUUUGGGGAAAACUUAACAAUAAAAAAAAAUACAUUUGUCACUUGUAUCUAAAAUAUAACUGGCCUAUUUUUGUUUUAUUUCUCUUCUAGACUUGACUAAUGUUUUACUUGAUAUAUAUUGUUUUCAAUUGAUUGGAGAAAUGCUUCAUUUUUGCCUAUGCUUUUUGACCCUUUAGAAUAUAGGGAGGAAAUUGCCUGUAUUUCAUGAAGAUUUGUUUUUCAGGGGGGAUGUUGGCUAGCACAUUGCUUUUUCUUUAUACCUUUAGAUAACUUGAACUAUAUUAAUAUGUAGUUUCUUAUUUGUAGGGGCAUGUUGCAUGCAAUUGGAAGCCCUUGGGUUUCUAUUAUAUUGUGUAUCCGUAUUAUAAAUGUACUCUCCUUUUUAAGAAUGGCAGGUUAGAAUUUUUGUCAGGCUUAUUAACUAGUCAUAUUUUAAUAAUAUUGAAAAUGACCAACUGUUGAUUCUAGAGAGCUGAAUAUCGUAAAAGCUAGAAGACAUGACAUUUGAAUAUUAUUGCUAUUGCUUGCCAGAGUAACCCAGACUGGUAGUAUACUUAAGGUGACUUUUUUAAAAGACUGAAAUUUCCAACUCUGUACCGAACUUUUUCUUUCCAUUUAGCAAAACAAUUAGUAAUAGAUUUUGACUAGCUCUGAAGAAUAAACACAUUGCAAAGUGUUGCCAGUGUAGUUUCCAGUAAAUUGACCAUAAAAGCA